CGCCCUCCGUCGCGGCGGCGCGGUGCACCUUGGGACAGGGAGCGAUCUCCGAGCGAGGCAGCAAGAUGGACGCGGGAUUCUUCCGCGGAACAAGUGCAGAACAGGAUAAUCGGUUCAGCAACAAACAGAAGAAGCUACUGAAGCAGCUGAAAUUCGCAGAAUGCCUAGAAAAAAAGGUGGACAUGAGCAAAGUAAAUUUGGAGGUUAUAAAGCCUUGGAUAACAAAACGAGUAACGGAAAUCCUUGGGUUUGAAGAUGAUGUUGUGAUUGAGUUUAUAUUCAACCAGCUGGAAGUGAAGAAUCCAGACUCCAAAAUGAUGCAAAUCAACCUGACUGGGUUUUUGAAUGGAAAAAAUGCUAGAGAAUUUAUGGGAGAACUGUGGCCCCUGCUCUUAAGUGCACAAGAAAACAUCGCUGGAAUCCCUUCUGCUUUCCUAGAACUGAAGAAAGAAGAAAUAAAACAGAGACAGAUUGAACAAGAAAAGUUGGCAUCUAUGAAAAAGCAAGAUGAAGACAAGGAUAAGAGGGAUAAGGAAGAAAAAGAAAGCAGCAGAGAAAAAAGGGAGCGGUCUCGAAGCCCAAGAAGACGCAAAUCCAGAUCUCCUUCCCCUAGAAGACGAUCUUCCCCUGUCAGGAGAGAGAGAAAGCGCAGUCAUUCUCGAUCUCCCCGUCACAGAACCAAGAGCCGGAGUCCUUCCCCUGCUCCAGAGAAGAAGGAAAAAACUCCAGAGCUCCCAGAGCCAUCAGUGAAAGUAAAAGAACCUUCAGUACAAGAGGCCACUUCUAACAGUGACAUCCUGAAAGCUCCCAAGCCUGAACCAGUACCAGAGCCUAAAGAACCUUCUCCGGAGAAAAACUCCAAAAAGGAAAAGGAAAAGGAGAAGACCCGACCAAGAUCUCGGUCGCGUUCCAAGUCAAGAUCCCGGACACGUUCUCGCUCUCCUUCUCAUACUCGACCGAGAAGACGCCAUAGAUCCCGAUCAAGAUCAUACUCACCUAGAAGGCGGCCCAGCCCAAGAAGACGGCCAUCUCCUCGAAGAAGAACUCCACCGAGACGAAUGCCUCCUCCACCAAGGCAUAGAAGGAGUAGAUCUCCAGUGAGACGAAGAAGGCGUUCAUCGGCAUCCUUGUCUGGGAGUAGCUCGUCCUCUUCUUCAUCUCGUUCCCGGUCACCGCCAAAGAAGCCUCCAAAGAGGACAUCCAGCCCCCCUCGAAAAACUCGUAGGUUAUCUCCUUCAGCAAGUCCUCCGAGGCGAAGGCACAGGCCAUCACCUCCAGCAACUCCACCACCAAAAACUCGUCAUUCCCCGACACCUCAGCAGUCAAACCGUACGAGGAAAAGUCGUGUUUCUGUCUCUCCAGGGAGAACUUCAGGUAAAGUGACAAAACAUAAAGGUACUGAGAAAAGAGAGUCCCCUUCACCAGCACCCAAGCCUAGAAAAGUAGAGUUAUCUGAAUCAGAAGAAGAUAAAGGUGGCAAAAUGGCUGCAGCAGAUUCUGUGCAGCAGAGACGCCAAUACAGACGACAGAACCAGCAGUCUUCCUCUGAUUCUGGCUCCUCCUCUUCCUCAGAAGAUGAGCGACCCAAAAGGUCCCACGUGAAGAAUGGUGAGGUAGGCAGGCGGCGGAGACAUUCCCCUUCCCGGAGUGCCUCUCCAUCACCUCGAAAGCGCCAGAAAGAGACUUCCCCUCGGAUGCAGAUGGGAAAGCGAUGGCAAUCGCCAGUGACUAAAAGUGGUAGACGGAGGAGAAGUCCCUCCCCACCGCCUACCAGAAGGCGACGUUCUCCUUCUCCUGCUCCUCCGCCUCGUCGACGCAGGUCUCCCACACCACCACCACGACGAAGGACUCCUUCUCCUCCCCCACGUCGUCGCUCACCUUCCCCAAGAAGAUACUCUCCUCCAAUACAGAGGAGAUAUUCUCCUUCUCCACCUCCAAAGAGAAGAACGGCUUCACCCCCUCCCCCUCCUAAACGAAGGGUAUCACCGUCUCCACCACCAAAGCGUCGGGUCUCCCAUUCGCCACCUCCCAAACAAAGAAGCUCCCCAGUCACCAAGAGACGUUCGCCUUCGUUGUCAUCAAAGCAUAGGAAAGGGUCUUCCCCGAGCCGAUCUACCCGGGAGGCCCGGUCACCACAACCAAACAAACGGCAUUCGCCCUCACCACGGCCUCGAGCUCCUCAGACCUCCUCAAGUCCUCCAGCUGUUCGAAGAGGAGCAUCAUCAUCACCCCAAAGAAGGCAGUCCCCAUCUCCAGGUUCUAGGCCCAUUAGGAGAGUCUCCAGGACUCCGGAGCCCAGAAAGAUAAAAAAAGCUGCCUCACCAAGCCCUCAGUCGGUAAGGAGGGUCUCAUCUUCCCGAUCUGUCUCGGGAUCUCCUGAGCCAGCAGCUAAAAAACCCCCAGCACCUCCAUCCCCUGUCCAGUCUCAGUCACCCUCUACCAACUGGUCACCAGCGGUACCAGUUAAAAAGGCUAAAAGCCCAACACCAAGCCCAUCACCGGCAAGGAAUUCAGACCCAGAAGGAGGUGGAAAGAAAAAGAAGAAAAAGAAGGACAAGAAACACAAAAAGGAUAAGAAGCACAAGAAGCACAAAAAACACAAGAAGGAAAAGGCUGUAGCUGCAGCUGCUGCAGCCCCUGUAACCCCUGCGGCCAUCGCUGCUCCCACAGCCGCGUCAGCACAGGAAGAACCAGAGGCAGAGCUAGAGCCUAAGAAGGAGACUGAAAGUGAGGCUGAAGAUAACCUUGAUGACUUAGAAAAGCACCUGCGUGAAAAGGCCCUGAGAUCAAUGCGGAAGGCUCAAGUGUCCCCACAGUCCUAGGUGGAAAUGUUUGUUAUGAUGUAAAUUUUAUUUGGUUUGUACGCAAUUCAGUUUCAAAAUUGCUAAAAAUGUGUUUGAGCUUUAGACUAUAACAUUUGUUGUAAUAAUUGCUAGGUUGAAGUUCACCAUGUAAAAAAAAAAGGGCAUGGAUUUACAUUGCAAAAGGUGUCCACAGUGUAUUAGUGACAUUCUUUCAUUGACAGCUGACAUAAAUUCAUUUAGAGUGAAAUAUUUUAAGCCAAAAAAAAAAAAAUCCCCUUUUUAAAAAAGGAGGUUUAAAUAUUGUUGGCAUUCUUAUGGUUCCUUUAAAUGCCCCUGUCUAUUCCCAGAGGUUUUUCUUUCUACUUUUUCUUUCUUUUUUCCUUUUUCUCAUUUGAGUCUUAGCACCCAUUUAAGUUAUGAUGCUUCCAACCUUGUAUGGUUUUUGCAAGCUUUCCCAGAAAUAAGACCACUGUUGAACUACCACAAAGGUUAAAUGAAUAUUUUAAUGCCACAAUCUUUCCUGUUGCCUGUGGAGUCUCUGCUGAAAUGAAUGAGGAUUCGAGCUCUAGGAUGAGACAGAAAAUGAAAGCAUGUUGUUUGCCAGGACACUGUGGGUUUAUACUGAUGUGUAACAAGUUGAUUUGGAACACUGGAAUUUCACUCUGUUCUGUUUAUUUUAUUUUAUUUUUUUGUAAAGGCAGUUAACUAGUCCCAGGAAGGAUCCUUCAGUUACAUAAAAUUUUGUUUUAUGAAAUGUCAUGGCUCCAUUCAUAAUUUUGUCUUGUUCUUCCGAUUGGUAUAUACAACUUUCAGAGCUCUUGUAUUUGGAAAGCUGGAAGGGCCCAGACUUUGAAAUAGUGUCUUGUUUUCACUGUUUUUGUUUUGUUUUUGUUGGGUUUUUUUUUGUUUGUUUUUUUAAACUAAAGCUAUAUAAAGCUUGUGGAUUAAACAAUAAAUUUCUAAAUUUAAAAA